UCACGUGACCUGUAGGUUGUGGCGCAAAGCGGAAGUGGAGCUCCGACACUGACAUGGCGAACGCAGCCAAACACGACACAGCGAUGCUGUCCUUCUGUAAACUUCGCGUUUUAUGCAUCUAUUUAUUCAUAUUGACACAGUUUGCGACGCUGCCAAUUUGGGCCAAACCGGAAAGUCUGAGAGAAGUCACUGACGCCAACUGGGAGGAAAUCCUGUCGGGGGAAUGGAUGAUUGAGUUCUAUGCCCCCUGGUGUCCAGCCUGUCAGCAGCUGCAGCCAGCGUGGAAGGAGUUUGCAGAAUGGGGGGAGGACAUGGGGGUCAACAUAGCCAAGGUUGACGUGACGGAACAACCUGGUCUGAGUGGACGAUUUAUCAUCACUUCACUUCCUACUAUUUAUCACUGCAAAGAUGGUGUUUUCCGUAAAUACCAGGGCGCUCGCACUAAAAAUGAUUUUCUCACCUACGUGGAUGAGCAGAAAUGGAAAACAGUGGAGCCUGUGUCGUCUUGGUUUGGACCAUCGUCAUUUUUAAUGAAUGCCAUGUCUGCUCUGUUCAAACUCUCCAUGUUUAUCAGGCGUUGUCACAAUUACAUGACGGAGCAGCUGGGCAUUCCUAACUGGGGCUCCUAUGUUAUCUUUGGUUUGAUCACUCUCUUCUCCGGCCUUGUUCUUGGACUGAUACUAGUGUUCAUCGCAGAUUUUGUCUUUCCCUCUCGACGGUUUUCCUCUCCAGACUACUAUCAGAAGAAACCAGGGAUGGAUCAUUCCAGGCUAAUCCAACAUCAGGAGGACGCACACGAGGCAGACGGAGAGGAGGAAGACGAGGAUGACGAAGAGGAGGAGGACGGAGACCAGGACGACAUGUGGAACAGGAGGAGAGGGUCUCCCGAGGGCCGCCCCGAGGAGGUUCUAAGGAAGAGGGUGGUACGCAGCCGUGAGGAGGAGGAAGACGAGGAGGACACAUAGAGCCGUCCUGGAGGAGAUUCUCACAACCUGCGUCUCCUUCUGAGAAGACGGCUGUAGAGACAGUAGAGGUCGGAGGAGCUUUGCUCGUAGAGAAACAGUGUUUACAGCGAGGAGAAUUCUACACUCCUUUUACUUUUCUGCUCCUCGUUCCUCCUCCAUUCCCUCGGCCGCCACAAACUCUUAGCUCCUCUUCCUUUUUUUUUUUCUUUCCCUUGGUUUAUUUUAAAGGGAGCACUUUAGGCGCUCACUGCUGCAGCAGCAGUUAUUCCUGCCUGAGCAGCAGAAUGAAAAGUGAAGCUCCUGACACCAGUUUUCACUCCUGGGAACAGACUUCCUGGCUGGGCUUUAGUCGUGGAGCUGCUUGGAGCUGGACUUUGCAAGGUUGUUGACGCUAUGCAUCUUUUCUUUUUUUUUUUUUAAGAUUUCUCUGUGUGUGAGUGAUUCUACCAGGGGUGUUUGCAGAGGGUGAUGUCGUUGCAUUUUACUCCUGAGCUUCUGUCUGCGUGUGUGCAAGUAUUUCAUGUUGCCUCUGUGUUUAACAAAGGCUUUUUGACAGCUUAAAAUCUCAAAAGUCAAAGUUGUUUUUUUUUGGUCACAAUCAAUAAAAUAGCAGAGUAAAGAAAGUAAGCAAUUAUUAUUAAUAUUAUUAGAGUAAAGCAAUUGCUGUAGUUACAGGUGGGUUAUUGACAUCAAUGAUAGAACGCCGGUACAAGUUUCCAGGUCCAAUAUGUAACAUUCUGCCUGAUGAACAGACGUCAGGACAGAUAUCUGUUACUUAAUUAAAAAAUGCUGAUGUCUCGUCCAACACUUCUCUGUGUGUUAUUGUCACUUUAUCAAAACCCUAUACAAGAUUAUUUAUAUUUUUUCGGCAUUUCUUGAAGGCAUCAGCUUAUUGUUUUACCAUCAAAGAAGAGCUGGAAACAAAUUUCAAAUUCUUAGAUUUAGGCAAAAGAGCAGUGUUGGAAAUUGUAAGUACUGUAGUUAUACUACAGUUUGGAUGUGUGAGCCAUGAAUGUUGUUGUUUUGGAAGAACAGACACACAUUUGGUCCAUUCACAUGUAUUACAAAUAAUUUGACAGGGAGACCAAAUGUGGCCCGGGAGCCACAGGUUGCAGACCUGCCUUUCAAUAGGUCCAUUCUUAAAUACAGUCUUGUACUGGGCGUAACUACAGUAUUUAUACUAUACUGUAUUGAUGAUCAGCUCAUCAUUUGCUUUUCCCAGAUCAGCAUCUUGUGCUACACUUGAAAACAACUUGACGAGACGAACAGCGCAAACAAAAUUAGAAUUCUAUUCUGACGAUUGCUAUGCUCAGAAUUAGUUCCUGACAGACUUGAGUACCGAUCCAAGUGUUCGGGGUAUUGAGCUUCCAGAGACACAUUUAGCAGUACAUGAGAUUUACCUAUGGAUACACAGUCUGCUCUAGCUACUGAUCUAAAACUGCAGCAAAAAACAGACUGUACUACACAGUCUGAAGUAUUAUCUUUUAUUUUUUUAGAUUUAAGUUCAAAGUUAUUUCUUUGACCGUUAACACAGUUCUUGAACAAAUCCAGAAAAUCGUUUAAUUUGCAUUACAUUCAUUUGCAUUGUGUACAGUAGAGUUACAGUUAACAUUUAGUUGUGGUUCCACUUUCAAAAUAAAGGUGCAGUGUGAAAGGGUUGAAAUGCUUAUUAUUAUUUCAACUGUGAGAAGUGGAACAGAAAUAAAGUAUGCUUUUGUUUUUAUAAUUGUGCAGAUAAAAAGAUGGUAAAUGAAAAUUGUGCACAAAGGCAACAGGGAACAGGAAAACUCUUGACUUUUUACCCCCAAUGCUACGAACUGUACCUUUAAUGUGGAAAAACAAUCAAUCCAAUAUUGACGUGACUUAUGAAACACAUCAAUUUAAAUAACGAUUUCAACUCCCUACUUUUGUCUUUGAUACCGUUUACCCCUCUGCUGACAAGAAUGUGACAUUACACCAGUGGAAUGUUUUUUUUAAUAUUAUAAGUGUAUUUUUCUUAUACUUAAGGGAUGUGACAAACGAUGUGCAGUAUGUGCAUGAUAUAGUAUCAACAAUCAGUUACUUCAAAAGUUGUUGUUAUUUGAAUAAGUCUGUCACACACUGCUCUGGUCCCUGAAAAAGACACUUGACUUGGGUGAAGUGAAAAUGUCAAUAAAUUACAAAUUUAAUGAAAUAAUUUAUUUUAAUGAAUGGUUUAGAUUGUAUUGAAACAUUUACAUUUCAUAUUUUAUUCAAAGUGAUGUGUAUGUUAUUGUUUUUUUUUUUUUUUAAUCACAUCCAACUCUGUAGCUGAACAUUAUUGACAACAUGUAGCAUUGACAUUUUGCUUCUCCUAAUUUCCUUUUUUUCCCUUUCUGGAAUAAAGUAUUAACUCUC